AUGGAAGAAGGAACAUACUUCCCUCCUUAUCAGGAGCUAUUAUCGUUGCACCAUGGACAACUGCCGGGUAAAGAAAAGAGUGGAGCGAUUAGCCGAGGACCCGAGGAUGGUGAUCACAACCUACGAAGGGCGGCACGUGCAUUCUCCAUCGCACGAUCUUGA